AUGGAGUCCAGGGAUAAUACUACGAACGUUGGUGGCAGUAGUAGUGAGGGGGCUGGCCAUAAGGCUGGCAGUGAUACUAUGGUGGACCGUCCCACAGCUGAGCUGGGAGGUUCCAUUGAUCAGUUCACUACACUGAAGCCUCCUACCUUCGUGGGGAGUACAAACUUGAUCCGAGCAGAGAAUUGGAUUCAGGAGAUUGAGAAGAUCUUAGUUGUUCUACGUUGCAUAGAUGAGCAAAAGGUGCUCUAUGCGACGUUUAAGUUGACUGGCGAAGCCGAGAGGUGGUGGGAAUCAGUGAGGAUGUUGGAGGAACAGAGGCCGAUACAGGUGACGAUGACAUGGGGUUGUUUCAGAGAGGUGUUCUUUGAACGGUACUUUCCAACCACUGUCAAGAAUGUGAAGAUGGAGGAGUUCAUGGUUUUGACUCAAGGGCAGCUGAUGGUGCAGCAAUACGCUGCCAGAUUUAUGGAGCUGUCUCGCUUUGCUUCGUUUAUGGUACUAGAUGAGGUGAGGAAAGUUUGGAAGUUUGAGAGGUUUCUGAAGAAAGAGAUCUGGAAGCAAACAACGAUCGUGCAAAUUCAGGACUUUACUACGCUGGUGGAUAAGGUCACCAUGGCAAAGGAGAGUCUGCAGGGGGAUUCAGAGGGCACUUGGAAGAAAUAUGGUGGUGGCGGGGGCCUGUGGCGAGAGACUGGGGGUGGUAUAUCUCAGGGUACCACACCUUCCUUUGCUUGUCCUACAUGUGGCAAGCAGCAUGUGGGGAAGUGCAUAUGGGGAUUAGGUGUUUGCUAUCGAUGUGGCAGAUCAGGGCAUAUGGCGCGUGAAUGCUGCACACCGGGGAGUAAUGCACCUCCACAACAGCCAUCUCGGGGAGGUGCUCAGGCACCACAUGGCGGCUAUCAGAGGGGUGCAGCCUAG